AUGGGUGGAGGCAAUUUCCACAAAUCAGUGACCAAGAAAGUCGUGGCCAACUUCGUCAAAAACAAUCUGAUAUGUCAUUUCAGUGUAUCAGAACCCAUCUUCAUUGACAAUGGUGCCAAUCUGAACAGCUAUUUGAUGAAGGAAAUCUGUGAACAAUUCAAGGUCACCCACAGAAACUUUACCGCUUACCGGCCACCAAUGAAUAGAGCCAUAAAGGCUGCCAACAAGAACAUCAAAAGAACCCUGAGAAAAAUGGUCAACAAAUACAAGAAUUGGCACGAGCAGUUGUCUUAUGCUCUAUUGGGGUACAAAAUGACAACUCGCAUUUCCACGGGAGCAACCCCAUACCUUCUUGUCUACGGUACGGAAGCGGUCAUACCCGCAGAAGUGGAAAUCCCUUCACUCAGGGUCAUCCAAGAGGCAGAGUUAAAAGAUGCAGAAUGGGUUAGAAAUCAUUAUGAACAAUCGCGCCGUGAUAGAGGAAAAGAGGAUGGUGGCGAUGCACGAUGUACCAGACAAAACGAGACACCACCAACCAGGUUAUUCACAAAGAAAGACGGAAGGCAAAACUCAUCCCAAAGAGAGAUGGACCAAAAAGGUCACGACAAAAUGGGUAAUAAAGAUACACCUGACCGCAAGAGUCACAGAGCAAAUGAGC